AUGAGUCAAGAGCCCAACACAGAGGCGGCCACAGAGGCUCGACGUAGUAAGCAAAGCAGAUGGGACCACGGUGAUGAAUUUUCGCGCAACGGCCGCAGCAAGUCGAAAUUCAGUCAGAUCUACGAGUUGUUUAUUCACUUUUGUGAGAACACGUCACUUCGAGGUGUACCACAAAUUGUCCGCUCCUCCGACCGCAGGAAUCGCUUGCUCUGGUUAAACUUUAUUUCUAUCUUUUUCAUUGCAUGUAUAGCCUGCUUGAUAAUCACAACGAAUCAGUACCUACAGUACAAUGUGAUCCAUCAGCCAAAACGAAUUUUUGAUGCUCCUAGAGCGUUUCUCUCCCUAACUAUAUGCAAUCUGCGCCCCUUCAAGUCGUCCGGUGUGGAUCGUCUGAUUCGCCAAGGGGCAGUUCCCGUGCAGGCCUACUUUGAUGUCAUAAUGAAGGUGGCUUCGACGCUGGACAAGCGCUAUGCCAGCCAAUUCACGACGCUUUUUUCCCUCGAGUCCUAUCUCCUAAAUCUGCCCGAAGGCAUGGAUCCCAGCAAUUUGGGCCACCGUCUCGAACAGCUGGUGCAAACGUGCGUCGUUCUUUACCAGAAUGGCACGUUGAUUAGGGGCACCGACUGUGGCAAAGCGGGCUACUGGGUUAAGACGCUGAACCAAAUUUACCACAACUGCUACACCUAUGAACUGGAUCCCCAAAUCCGAGACAAGACGUAG